AUGAAAUGGCCGUCUAAGGACAUCGCGCUCGGAGAGAGUGGGGAGGGGACCCUGUCUGCGUGCCGCUUCUGGGGACGCGCACUCCCUGCGGCCUCGGAGGUGCGGACACGCCGGGUUACACAUGUUGAACCAUGGGAAAAGGGGAGCAGAAAAACAGCAGGCCAGACCGGGAUGUGUGGAGGGGUGCGUGGUGUUGGAACUGGAGGAAUUGUGUCUACUGCUUUCUGUCUGCUCUACAAAUUAUUUACACUGAAGCUCACUCGUAAACAAGUGAUGGGCCUUAUAACUCAUACAGACUCUCCAUAUAUUAGGGCUCUUGGAUUUAUGUAUAUUAGGUACACACAACCACCUACAGAUCUAUGGGACUGGUUUGAAUCCUUUCUUGAUGAUGAAGAGGAUCUGGAUGUGAAGGCAGGUGGGGGUUGUGUCAUGACCAUCGGGGAGAUGCUUCGUUCCUUCCUCACUAAGCUUGAAUGGUUUUCCACCUUGUUUCCAAGAAUUCCUGUGCCAGUCCAGAAAACCAUUGACCAGCAAAUUAAAAGCAGACCUAGAAAAAUCAAGAAGGAUGGCAAGGAGGGAAUGGAAGAAAUAGACCGUCAUGCAGAACGUAGACGUUCAAGGUCUCCAAGGCGAUCCAUCAGUCCCAGAAGGUCUCCCAGAAGAUCAAGAAGCAGAAGUCAUCAUCGGGAAGGCCAUGGAUCAUCUAGUUUUGAUAGAGAACUAGAAAGAGAAAGAGAAAGGCAGAGAUUAGAACGUGAAGCUAAGGAGAGAGAAAAAGAAAGGCGGAGAUCUCGAAGUACUGAUCGCACACUAGAACGAAGGCGAAGCAGAAGCAGAGACAGAUACAGAAGCCGUAGUCGAAGUCGUGACAGGAAAGGAGAUAGAAGAGACAGGGAUAGGGAGCGAGAGAAAGAAAAUGAACGGAGCCGGAAAAAAGAGAGGGAUUACGAUAAGGAAAGAGGUAGUGAAAGGGAAAAAGAUCGAUCUCGAGAAAGAUCAAAAGAAAGGAAAAGUAAGGGUGAUACAGAAGAGAGAAGACACAAGGAUGACAAGGACGACAAGAAACACAGGGAUGACAAGAGGGAUUCCAAAAAAGAGAGAAAACAUAGUAGAAGUCGAAGCCGGGAAAGAAAGCAUAGGAGUAGGAGCCGAAGUAAGAAUACAGGUAAGCGCAGCAGAAGCAGGAGCAAAGAGAAAUCAAGUAAACAUAAAAAUGAGACUAAAGAGAAGUCAAAUAAACGAAGUAGAAGCAGAAGCAGGGGAAGAACAGAGAGUGUUGAGAAGUCCAGGAAACGAGACCAGAGUCCCAGCAAAGAAAAAUCUAGAAAGCGUAGCAGAAGCAAAGAACGUUCCCACAAACAUGAUCACAGUGAUAGCAAGGACCAUUCGGACAAACAUGAUCGUCGAAGGAGCCAAAGUACAGAACGAGAGAGCCAAGAAAAGCAACAUAAAAACAAAGAUGAGACUGUGUGAACUCUUUCAGAAGUGGAUCACAUUGAAUCCUAUAAAUGUUUGAUUAAAUCCUGCUUAUUUUUUCUUAAAGUUGAGAUUGUGCAGUAGUUGAUGAGCACUCUUCUCCAACCUCCCUCUAGGCUGCAGAUUGUCAUUUCCUAUUUUGGGUAGGGAAGUGCCUUUGUAAACCCAUUCAAUACAUUGACAGUUUCAAACCAUUUAUUUAGUUUUAAUUUGUUAUGAAGAGAUUGUUCUUGCAUUUUUAUUGUUCAGAUGUUUCUGAAAUGUACAGUCUGUACAUAUGUCCUGAAAAUGUUUUAAUUUCUUUGGCAUGGUUGCCAUGUUGGUAAAAUUUGUAUGAGGCAAUAAACUGCCACUAAUUCUA